AUGACGAAAGGCAGGCCGAAAUCCAGAAACCCAGCCUCCAAGCUUUCCGAGGAGGAUUUGGUCGACGACGUAUCCUCCGAGGGCGACAGCGAUUUCGAAAACGGCGAUAACGAUGACGGCCGCGCCGACGGCCUUCCCGGAUCUGGCAAGAACAAGUACAACAAGGGUGAGCGGAAGGCGCGGAAGGCCCUUUCAAAACUGGGCCUGAAGCAGUAUGACGGCGUUUCGAAGAUUUACAUCAGGAAGUCGAAGCAGAUCUUCUUCGUGAUCAACAAGCCCGACGUCUACAAGCUCCCCAACUCGGACACCUACGUCAUCUUCGGCGAGGCGAAGAUUGAGGACGUCGGCGCCAACUCGCAGUCCGAGGCGGCCCAGAGGCUCAGCCAGCUCUCCUUCUCCGGGGCCGGCAAGGACGACCUGGACCUGCCCGUGCCCAGCACCUUUGACACUGAGGACGUCGUCGACUCCGACUUCGCUCCCGCCGAGGCCGACGUCGACCUUGUCGUUCAGCAGGCCGGCUGCAGCAGGGAGAAGGCCUUCCAGUCCCUGGUUAAGCACCGCGGCAACAUUGUCGACAGCAUAAUGGAGCUCACCACCGCCUAG